GAGAUGCAGCUUUGGUAUUUCACACAUCAAGUAGAGUCUUAUUAGGCGAAGUUAGUGAAACGAUAAGUAUCUGGCUCUAAUGGCGCAAAACUCAACUGGAAAUUCACUCAUAAAGUUCCUGAAGCAUAUUAAUUUCAAGAAUACCAUCAAGAAACACUACUCAAGCACACUUAAUUUAGAGAUUAGGCAUGAUGCUUACCAAGAAGGUGACCUGAUCUUUGCACCUUUGAACAACGAUGUCUAUCAGCUGGCCAAGAUCAUCUCCUGUAGAGUUAUCGAGGACUUCUCUGAAUCAGCCAAGGAAGGAGAAGAUCUUGAGUAUUAUGUCCAUUUUGAAGGCUACAAUAGGCGAAAUGACAAAUGGGUGCCCCACAAGUUGAUUUACUGAGAUUCUGAAGAGGUAAACCGCCAACAAAUCAUGAGAAGAGACAUCCAGACCCAGCAAGAUCAGGAGGAAGAGUUCCUCCCGAAUGAUGAAGACGCAGGCAUGGAUGACAAAAGUAUCAAAGCUCAUGAGCAAUCAACCAUGUUUCGUACCAUCGAGUGGGUCCAAAUUGGAACCCAUAAGUGAGAAGCAUGGUAUUUCUCGCCUUAUCCUGAAGAAUACCACAAACUUGACUGCUUGUUCAUCUGCCAUUACUGCUUGAGCUACUUCCAGUGAGACGAAGAUAUGGAGAGACAUUCCCAAAGAUGUGACUCUCGCUACCCUCCAGGACAUGAGAUCUACCGAGAUGAUAAAGUAUCUGUCUUCGAAGUAGACGGCGCCAAAGAACCGAUCUACUGAGAGAAUCUCUCGCUUGUCUCCAAACUUUUCCUUGAUCACAAAAACUUGAGUUAUGAGCUUUCACCAUUUCUGUUCUACUGCCUCUGAGAAUACAAUGAUGAAGGGUAUCAAAUAGCUGGGUACUUUUCAAAAGAGAAAGAUUUCUCGAAGCCAACCGAUACAGACAGCUUUUCGCCAGAGAAAUUCGAAAAGGAGAGAAACUACAACAACUUGUCAUGCAUCCUUGUCUUUCCCUUCCAUCAGAGAAAGGGAUACGGAAAGUUCCUCAUCUCAUUUAGCUACGAGUUGGGAAUACUUGAGGGAAGGCAAGGAACUCCAGAGACACCGCUGUCGGAUCUUGGACACAGGACUUAUAUCUCAUGGUGGACUUUCAAGCUCCUUACCUUCCUCAAACACUUCUCUGGAGAAGAGAUUUCUGUCAGUGAUAUCUCACAACAAACAGGCAUUUUGCAGUCAGACAUAAUCAAGCUUUUUGAGUCCUUCAAAAUAUUAAGAUAUCAACAAGGAGAUCAUUUCUUAGUAACGCCAAAGAGGUUGCUGAAAACUCUUAUAAAGAAGGCUGGGAAUCCAGGUCAUCCUGUUAAUCCAGAGCUGAUCCAUUGGGCUCCUUUUGAAUUUUAUUAA